CGCCCGGCGCGGUGCGGGCAGCACUGGGGCCUUACGGCGACAAGAUGGCGCCUAAAGGGAAAGGCGGCGGCAAAGCCGGGAAGAGCGGCGACAGCGGCGGCGGCAGCAGCGAGGGCAAAGCACAGGGCCCGAAGGGAGGCGGCAGCGCCGUCAAGGUUCGACACAUCCUGUGCGAGAAGCACGGCCGGGUCAUGGAGGCCAUGGAGAAGCUGAAAUCCGGGCAGCGCUUUAGCGAGGUGGCGGCACAUUACAGCGAGGACAAGGCCAGGCAAGGGGGAGACCUGGGCUGGAUGACCAGAGGCUCCAUGGUGGGACCAUUCCAGGAGGCAGCAUUUGCCCUGCCUGUGAGCAGCAUGGACAAGCCCGUGUACACAGACCCUCCUGUCAAGACCAAGUUCGGAUACCACAUUAUUAUGGUGGAAGGCAGAAAAUAAAAUGUGAAUGACCAUGA